AUGAAAAUAAUCAGCAUUAUUCUGUCAGAUACGCAGUUGUACAUUCCGGUGACAGCAAUUGACGCUGAUGUAGGAAUCAAUGCAAUUCAGAACUACCGAUUCACCAACGGCAAAAAUGGCCAAAGCAGCCAGGUAUUUCAACUUUCUCUCGGUGACAACAUAAAUGACCAGGACAUAUACGAUGGGGGCGAUCGAACCAAUCAACUCGAUCCUCGCCUGAUCGUUUCUGCUCCUCUCGAUCGAGAAACAACAGAUCGCUAUGAAGGUUGGUUGGAAGCAUUCGACGGAGGAAGCCCACCGAAUUCUGGAAAACUUUCGGUGAUCAUCGUAGUGACAGACGUCAACGACAACCAGCCAGUCUUCGAUAGAUACACGUACGAAACGCACGUUCCUGAAGAUUUGGCCGUUGGUUCGAUAGUUCUUAACGUCAGUGCUACUGAUAUGGAUAUCGAAGAAAACGGCAGAAUUCAAUACAGUAUGCAGAGAACCAGCGCAAGCCAGUUUUUUAACAUUGAUCCUCAAACCGGUGACGUGUUUUUAAGCAAAGUUCUAGAUUAUGAGCAACAAACAAGUCACACGCUUAUAAUAACAGCUAAGGACUCGGGACCAGGAUCUAUCCCAGUUGUCACAAAAGCCACAAUCCACGUCAAAGAUACCAACGAUAAUUCACCGACGCUAUCCUUUGUCAACUCUCCUAUCUUCAUUCCUGAAAACAAAGAACCGGGAGUUUUGGUUACACAAUUCACCGUGGAAGAUAAGGAUGGGGGUGAAAAUGGUUUGGUGAAUUGUGGGUUGGAGGAAGAAAAUGAUUUUGAAUUGAAGCAACAUCAUACAAACGUCUACCUCUUGGUGACAAGGAGAGUUCUAGAUCGGGAAGAAACAGAAAAAUAUCGAAUCGGAAUAACCUGCAGAGAUCAAGGCUGGCCCUCCUUGGACACGACUGAUUAUUUAGAAGUUUCCGUACAAGACGAGAAUGACAACUCACCCAAAUUUAACUCUUCUCGACACGAAAUCAGCACCUCUGAAUCAUCACCUGUCGGCACGAAAUUAUUCCAAACGUUGGCUACCGACGAUGAUGUUGGCAAUAACUCGUUACUCGUUUACACGUUUAAAGUCAUACAAGUUGAUCUUAAUCCGAGAUUUGAUAUGAUAUUUGGCGAAGAUUCAAAUAAGAAUAAAAAUUUCAACAGCAAGGCAAACAAAGAAGACACCGAUAAAGAAAAAUUAAUAAGCUCUAACGCAAAAUCUGUUGUAGAAAAUUGGAUGUUUUUGGAUCCAAAAAUAAAUCUAUUUGUGGUCAAAAAUCAGUUGGAUUACGAGUUUGCAACCAAAUUUGUAAUUGAAAUUUUAGUAAGCGAUCAAGGUUAUCCAGUAAGUAGAACGGCUUCUACACUGCUGGUAGUCAACGUUUUAGACGCGAACGACCAACCACCUGUCUUCAGCAUGAAAGCAUACAGCUUUGGCACAACUGAAAAUAAGGCUGCUUCAACUGAAAUAGGGCAUGUGACAGCUUAUGAUUUUGACAGCUCAUUGUUUAAUCAGUUUAAAUUUGCCAUUGCGGAAUCAAAAAGUGGCUUUGAAGAAAUCUACCAGCACCAUUAUGGAAGUUUUAAUCAUAGAGAUCAAAACGAAGAAACGUUUCAAUCAGCAGUUAAAGAGAAAAAAUUAAUUAGCUCAUACGAGAUUGCAAAUAAAAAUUCAAAGUACAAACAACUGAACGAUUCCAUUCACAUGAGGCAUCACAACAAACACCAUCCACAUAUCAACGACUUGAAUCACAGCCACCGUCACCUCUAUCACUUCCAAGAUAGAACGCCCAACCCAAACGAUUGGUUUUCAAUUGACCAACUGACCGGGAAGAUCACAACAACCCGGCAGUUGGAUAGAGAACAGCAUGCCGUUUACAGAUUCUGGGUGACAGCCACUGACACAAGUCCUCCACACUACGUCGCAUCAGCGGAAAUUACAGUCAACGUGGCAGAUGUCAACGAUAAUGCCCCAUUAAUUACAUUUCCCGCUCAACAUCAAAUCUUCCAAAUAUCUCCGCAGGUUAAACGAGGUCAUUUCAUAGCGAAAAUGGUUGCCAGCGACGCCGAUGUUGGAGAAAAUGCCAGAUUAACCUAUUCAAUCGGGAAAGGUAACGAGGACGAGUUGUUCACUAUCGACCAUCUAACGGGCGAGUUGUUGGUAGCGAAGGAUGGCGCGUUCACAGGACUUGCAUCAAAUUACGAUUCUUCUUUCGCUUCAUCUCCUGACAUUGAAGCGACAUACAAACUCGUCAUCAUGGUCAAGGACAGUGGCGUGCACGAGAAGAGCGCAGUUGUAAAUAUUGAAAUAUCUAUCAAUAAAUCUUUACAAUUAAUAUCAGGUAUUGACGGAUACAAUGAUUUAGAUUCUAACUCAUUUCUGGAUCUAUUUUCUAACAUAAACAUUGAUCCGUCAACAUUCACGGGCAAAUAUUUGCUCUGUUUGAUAGCAACUAUCUCAUUCAUUUUUGUCGUCGUCAUCAUUGUUGCAGCUGUCUUCACUCGCCGCAUUUGUUUACGCAAGAGGAAGAAGCAAACGCUUGUUUUGCUGAAAAAACAGAGUUUUACCAACAACACUAACAACGGCAACAACAACUCUAAUAAUAAUAACAACAACAACAGUUUUUCAUCCGAUUUUCCAGCAAAUGUUAAAACAACAUCGAACAAUUUUACUUUGCAGAUAAAAAACUCAAACGUUGAAAACCAUUACGCUACUGUUAAAAAUAACAAAGUUAAAACACCCCUAGACAGAAGUAGUCCCUACUUUAAAAGUAUCGACAUCAGUAACGAGAUAAACCUGGUAUCAACGGCAAUGCCCAUGACGAUGACAACAAAUAACGACAACUAUUAUAGCCCCAGGUUAGCCACAUUGAAAAUGAACGGCAUGUCGACGUUUCAGCGGCAACAUCCGCAUCAGCAACUUCAACAGCUUCAUCAACAACAAACGCUGCUGAUUCAGCAACAACCGCAACAAUUCAGUAACAAGACCAUGUGUCAUGAAGAUGCACUGAAACACCUUUCUGAAAAAAAUGGUUACCUACUUGUCAAGAGAAAGACCCAUAAAAUUAAUAACCUCAAGAAAGCCUCGCCAUACUUUGUUUACUAUUUUGAAAAAUUAUUGCAAAUACUUUUCUCAAAGUUACUGAAAAAGUUGCCGAAAACAAACAUUUAUUUGAAUAUACAUGUAUAUAGAGAUAUAUGCAAAUGUGCAACAGUCUGA